AUGGCUAGCAAUGUGCUGUACAGGAAUAGCUGGUGCCCGCAGUGUGCCGUGACUGGGCCUCUUGGGAUCAAGCCAUUGCAAGAUCAUGCUGCGGCUUUAGGCGGGCAGUGCCUCGCAGUCGAAUACAAAAAUGUCAAGUUCACAGUGAUGUGGCGCUGCAGCAAUGGCCAUGAAUGGCAGGCCACACCAAAAAAUGUCCUGCAUUCAGGGUCCUGGUGCCCCAAGUGUGCUAAAAAUGCUCCCAUCGGGUUGCAGCGUGUCCAGGAUCACGCCAUAUCCCUCGGCGGACAGUGCCUUACCACAACCUACCGGAACUCGCAUCAGAAGCUGACCUGGACUUGCAGGUUUGGUCAUAGCUGGAGUGCCUCUGCCGGCAGCGUUCUCUACAAUGGCAGCUGGUGUCCAACAUGCGCAGCAACCAUAUGGAAGACAGAGGCAGAGGUUCGGCGGAUUUUCGAAACGAUCUUCUUCCCGGCAGCAUUCGAUUCAUGUUUUCCCGAUUUCUUGGCAGGCCUGCAGCUGGACGGAUACUGCGCGGCAAUGCGGCUGGCUUUUGAGUACCAUGGAGAACAGCACUACGACGCUGAUAGCUAUUUCCAUUCCAGAGACCCCACAAGUUUCAAGAGGCAGCAGGAGAGAGAUGCAGCGAAGGUGGAACGUUGCCAACGGGCGGGUGUGCGACUGAUGGUCGUUCCAUAUUUUGUCCGCGAUAAAUGGACAUUCGUGAAGUUGGCGUUGCUACAAUGGUUUACCAUCGCACGGGUUCCACCGGAGUGGCUCGCCUUCCAGGGCAACUUUGAGCCUCCAACGAAGCCCAAAGCCCAGGUAAGCCCCCGCAUGAAGAACUCCAAGGCUGAGCGCAAGGUGGAGCUGCAGACGAUGGAUCACAUUCGGGUCUUGCACUACGAGGAUUCUCGCACACGCGGCCGCUUGGUCGUCCAGCGCUGGCGAAAAGGACACGCAGACUUGACGGUGCCCAUUGUGGAAACCAAGGGACCUGCAGACGGAUGCCCGGGAGGGCAAUGGCAAGAAG